UCUGGACGGGUUCCGUCAGCGGUUCACAAAAUCAGUAAUAAAUCUUGUAACACUUGGCGAUUAUUUAAAUGUCGCUCAGAUAUAUCUUGUCAUGCGAAUUGAUUUAGAUUUCCUAAUAAAUUACACAAAUACCAAUAAUCACCCAAAAUGCGCCAGGAGUAUGGAUGUUGAACACCUAGUUGAAGAUUUACAGUCUCUGGUUUCGGAGUUACACACAAAAUAAAUGGAGGCUGUUGAGCUCAUCAGGACGAGAGCUCAUUCAAACGAGGAGAGGGACUCUGAAUUAAUCUUCAAGAUGAACAACUGAAAUUACACCGAUGUGAGAAUAAACACUGUCAACAAGGCUGGAGAAGAAGUCGCCACUCUUGUGAAGGCCACAACUGACUGAGAAUUUGGACCAAAUUUCGGAGAUAUAGCUGUAAUUCUCCGUUGCCGAGGAGGUUUGGGUGACAAUAAAUACAUAUCUGCUCAAUAAAACGAAUUUUUCAUUUCGGGAUUAUUAGGAGACAUGAAGAUAACAACAGUUUUAAUCAAGUUCUCUUUGUUGGACUUUCCCGUAUUUGCCGAUACCAUGCAGAAUUGAUUUGGAAGUUUACUCACUCAAUUGUGGAAGAUAAGUUAGUUGAUAUUUUGUGGAACUGAAGUGCAUCUCUAACGUAUAAUUGCAGAUUGUCAUUGUUCAAACAUAAUUAUCCAUUGUCUAACAAUAACAUACCAAUACUGACCGAGAUGAUUCCAACUCGAAAAUUAAUUGAAACCGCAAAUGAUGACGCCAGAUUUUAUAGGCGACGCUCGGACGCGCAGUUCGGAAGAAAAUUCAGUGAUGGUAACAUUCUGUGCUUUAAUUCAAAUCUAAAAAAACGAACGUCAUCUUUUUCGGACUAUCCAAGAAGACUAAGUGUCAAAUCAGACCAAGACUUCCGGAAAUUUAGCAGUGGCAGCAUUGACGUGUUUUACCAAAGCAGACGAUAUAGUCGCGAUGACGUCAUGGAGGCACAAGGAUUUACAAAAAGUAAAGUUUAUCCAAUAACCGAGAGGAAAAUAUUAGAAAACGUGGAUGGGCUUUAUUUGUCGAAAUCAAAACUGAUGAAGACUCGUUCAACAAACAACAUUAUCUUACCGCCACUGAAUUUACGUCUACCAAAAACAACCCGUAAACCCCAGAAACCCAAUGGAAAGUCCCUUCGGAGAGUUAGGUCGGAAAAUUAUGUCAUCCCACUUCCGUUUAAGAACAAGAUUUUGCCACUGGUUAGAUUCAGGCGUGCCGUGAAGACGAUACAAGUUUUAUUGAAGGCGACCCUCACCAACUCACAGGGCCAGCGCCAUGAUCUCCUCUCCUGGGCACACCAAGACACCAGCUCUUCAAAGAGGGAGUACGAGAUGUUUGGUCUCACCUUUGACCCCGGGGACUUCAGAGCCAAAAAGGAGACUAUUUUAAGUAAUGAGGCAAAAGCUAUUUUAUCCAUGGAGCCUGAACGAAGGACCGAGGAACAACUAAAGGUGGCGCUGCUAGCGCUGAAUCAGGCAGUGGAGGCGUUCAGCGAGUUCCCGAUCACCAUGCAGAAGUCGCUCGUGAGGGUCGGCUGGUAUGAACAUUUUGAAGACAAACGAGUCAUCAUAAGACAGGGUCACAUGGCAGACAAUUUUUACUUCAUAUUAUCUGGGACAGCUGUUGUCACCAUCCUACAGACUGACACUGAGUCAGGGGACCAGGUGGUACGAACGGCCGCUGUCCUAAAAAAGGGGAACAGUUUUGGGGAACUGGCGCUUAUGCACGCUGCUAAACGGAGCGCCACUGUCACAUGCAAAAAUAGCGUGGAACUUUUAGCAGUGGGACGUGAGGAUUUCGUGGAUAUAUUCAUGCCCAUGGAUAAAGACCAAGAACCGGAGCACAUCCGCUUCCUACGGACAGUCCAACUCCUGAGAGGCUGGCCCAUCGAACGGCUUCCGUAUCACGACCCCAAGAUCUGUUGCUUCACUUAUUUCAGAAGGGGCCUCCUGCUGUGUAAGGACAGUAACAUCAGUGAGUGGGUCUAUAUCAUCAAGACAGGAUCCUGUAGAGUACUCAAAUCACUCCAUUCAGCUAAACCGAAUAUACCAGGACUGCCAGCCAAUCAACAAAUAGCUAAGUCCCUGUUACGACUCCCUCCGAUAUCUCCACCGAAGUCCUCCAAGACAUCGUCCUCCUCAUCUACCUCCUCCUCGGACAAAUCCCCGCGGUCCGACUCCUCGUGUGGGACGCCCCGCCCAUCCAAGCAAAAGUGCACCAUACAGCACCUCUCUGACAUACUUCACAAACCAUAUCCAGAGGAUUCAGCAGAGCAGGAAGAGCACCAGCGGUUGUUAGAUUCUAUCUUCUCCCAGAAACACUCCUACAUAUCUAAAUGGGGAAAGCGAACUUCUCCAAAACUGUCUCCGUCCGAGAGUGCCCUAAAACGUCAUCGGCCCGAUACGGUGUACGUACAGAUACAGAAGCUAGGACCCAAGGAAACGUUUGGAGUUGAACAGGUGGCCUUUGGUCGAAUAGGAAAGACAACGAGCACCAUUCUUGUAUCUGAAGGAGCAGAGUGUAUUCUCAUCAACAGGAAAUUUUUCCAACAAUACCUGACGGAUGAAGUCGCCAAGAGAAUACGACGAACUUUGCAGCCCAUUCCGUCAGAGGAGAGUCUACAACAGAAGCUACAGGACAACACGAACUGGGAGGCGUACAAAGCCUUGACGGUGGUCAACCACAUGGUGCAGCACAAGGCCCACGGCGACUCCCAGUUCUAUUGAGUCAAUCCGGGAAUCCGGGAGUUUACUUUGAAAGUUUUACAUUUUAUAUUCAAAUUGUGCCAAGUGUCAAACUGCGAAUUUUGAAAUUAAUUACGAAAUUUACAAUAUGACAGCUAGUUGUUAUACUAGACAGACGAAAGGGAGAUAGGGAUGUCUUAUUGAGCAAUAGAUUGGCUAUAUGCAGGUGUUUCUUGCAUGAUGAAUGCAUUAAGGCCUUUGUUGUUUCUGUUUUGUCUAAAUGACAAAAUUACAUCCGUCCAAGUUAUUUUUAUGUAGUUAUUUAUAAAAAAAUAUGUGCAGACACAUUGAUCUGCUGAUGUAUUGUCUUUCUGUAGAUAAAUUCAAAUACCAUGAUAAACAUGUGCAUCAAACACUACACAUGUGAGAAAGUGCAAUAUUUUCAAAUAAACAAUAAACGAUUGCGAAAACUUU